GAAAACAAAAUGCACUCCUUCCUGGCCUGCCCUGCCCUUCCCUGCCCUGGCCUCCUCCGCCAUACCAAAAAGCGAUCAAAACUGCGCAGUUGCCCUGGAAACCGGUUAAUUCUGCGACUGCCAGCCAUACCAUCCCAUCCCGAUUCGAGCCCUUUGCCAUGAUAUUGACCAAGAGGCACAGCCAGGCCUGCCAGCCACUCCCCAUUGGGGCGGCCGGACAGAAACUAAAAGUGCUAGACUCGUCAUCCCAGACCGCAAACCCCGGACCUCCAGAUCCCCGUACCCCACAGUCCAGAUCCCAGAUCCGACCGCAACUAAAGGAAACGACAACGCGCCGGCGCGCAGUCAUCUUGGAAAUGUCACGCAUGCGCUGUUGGCAUGCGCGUAAUUGCGUUGAGGAUGUGACGGCCAGAGGAUGUCUGUCCCCACUACCCACUUCCAAGUCCCCAAUCCCCCCUGUCUGGCACUACAAUUUAAUGAGCGAAUAAGCCAAGAAAUUGCAUGGAAAAGAGCCCAAAGAAUGGGCCUCGCCCCACCCCGUCCCGCAAACAAAU